GGGAGGGGGAGGUAUUGGUUUGGGUUUUGUCAUUGUACUGAUCCUGCAGCCUCAGAUAAAGAGGGGGCUGCUGUUAUUUAGGAAAAGGGAAAUCCUUUUAAUCCUCCAUAGGCUUUUCAUCCACUGGCCACUAAAAGAACAGGGAAGCUGCAGAUAUUUUAUAUGGGGAAAGAAGACGGACCCUUUGCAUCAAGGACAGAUGACAGAAAGGAGGGUCACAGAGGCCUAAGAAAAAUCCCAUAAGGAAGGAAAUCCUAAAAGUAGAAUCCCAUUUUCCGCCGAGGGUCUCAGCUGCGCCGCUUUCUGAUUAAAUUGCCGGACUGCACCAUUACCAUCAUUACAGGUCCCAAGGGGUAGGUGUUACGGCUCAUUUCCAUGCAUUCCCAGUAUCUUCCCAUAUUUCUGUUCUGCAAGAUCCCACAGGGAUGCUCUAAGGAAAGAAGGGCCGGUUAAUUGUGCUAAGGGAGGACUGGACAGAGGAGAGUGAAAAGAGCAAAGAGACAGCCAAGUCUAUAGUGGAUUGUGGAUUGCAACCAUUUGCUAAAGGACAGCAUCCUGUUUUGGAUGAAGAUUUAGGGCCUGAUAAUUUAGUCCUGGCUUUGUACUCCCCGGUCCAGGAGACCAUCCCAGCUCUUGCUCCCAGAAUCCUGCUGGCUGGACCCUACAAGCCUACACCUAUAGCCCAUUGUAGAGAGAGCCUUAGAAUGCAAUUUCUGGACAUACUGGGUUGUCAGUGCAGCUACACUGUGACAAGCUGAAGACUGAAUACUGAAACCCACUAAGGGAUGCAACAAGAAGGACCUGUGGAUAAAGUCUUGACCUUUACAGCCUUUUCUUUAUUACCAGAAACACCUCGUAUUUUUGACAACACCUUUAUUUCUGGUGCAAUGGCUGAGCCUGGUUCAUCGAGUACAUACAUGGAGCUAACUAUUUAGUCCACCCCAGACUGCUACCAUCACCCUCUGUUGCCUGUUGCUGAACUGUAAAGGUUUGCUGCCAUCAACCUCACAAAAAUGGAGACCAAGCUUCCCGUCACCCCAACUAGUCCAUCCUCCCCAGGACUGUCCCCUGUUUUGGCUGCAGAUAAGGUGGAUGGUUUUUCUCGGCGCUCCCUCCGCCGAUCCCGCCAACGUCGCUCACAUAGUUCCUCUCAGUUCCGGUACCAGAGCAAACAGCAAGAACUGACACCUUUGCCCCCUCUCAAAGAUGCACCGGUUUCGGAGCUGCAUGAUUUGUUCUGUAAGAAACUGCAGCAAUGCUCUGUUAUCUUCCAGUUCAUGGACUGUGUGGCAGAUCUCAAAGGCAAAGAGAUCAAAAGAGCAGCUCUAAACGAGCUGGUAGAGUGCAUUGCAACAAACAGGGGAGUUCUAAUAGAGCCGGUGUAUCCUGAGGUCAUCAAAAUGAUCUCAGUGAAUAUAUUUCGGACGUUGCCUCCUACUGAUAACCCAGAGUUUGACCCUGAAGAAGAUGAGCCAAAUUUUGAGCCCUCCUGGCCCCAUUUACAGUUGGUGUAUGAAUUCUUCCUUCGGUUCCUGGAGAGUCAAGACUUUCAGCCUUCUUUGGCCAAGAGAUAUGUGGACCAGAAGUUUGUCCUCAUGCUUCUUGAGCUAUUUGACAGUGAAGACCCAAGAGAGAGGGAAUAUCUGAAAACCAUCCUGCAUCGUGUAUAUGGAAAAUUCCUCGGUCUUCGAGCAUAUAUACGUAAACAGUGCAACAACAUCUUCCUCAGAUUCAUCUAUGAGACAGAGAGGUUCAAUGGAGUUGCUGAGCUUUUGGAAAUUCUAGGCAGCAUAAUCAAUGGGUUCGCUUUACCUCUGAAGUCUGAGCACAAACAGUUUCUUGUCCGGGUUUUGAUACCUCUGCACUCUGCAAAAUCUCUCUCUAUAUUCCAUGCUCAGCUUGCCUAUUGUGCAGUGCAGUUCCUGGAAAAAGAUUCUUCAUUAACAGAACAUGUUAUUCGAGGUUUGUUAAAAUAUUGGCCAAAAACCUGCACUCAGAAAGAGGUGAUGUUCCUGGGAGAACUGGAGGAGAUCCUGGAUGUUAUCGAACCAUCACAGUUUGUGAAGAUCCAGGAACCUCUCUUUAAGCAGAUUGCCCGCUGUGUCUCCAGCCCACACUUCCAGGUUGCAGAGCGAGCCCUUUAUUUUUGGAACAAUGAAUACAUCCUUAGCCUCAUAGAAGAGAAUUGUCACACCAUACUUCCCUUGAUAUUCGGCACCCUUUACCAGGUCUCCAAAGAGCACUGGAACCAGACAAUUGUCUCCCUGAUUUAUAAUGUUCUCAAGACUUUUAUGGAGAUGAAUGGAAAGCUGUUUGAUGAGCUUACGGCAUCUUAUAAACUAGACAGACAACAGGAGAUGAAGCGUGAGAAGGAGCGCCAGGAGCUGUGGAGAAAGCUGGAUGAUCUCCGUCUUAAGAAAAUGAAUGGUCUCGAGGAGGCACAGAUGAACCAGCUCAAUUUACAGCACAGCCGGGGCAGUAAAAGUUAGGAGGUCUCCCACCACUUUCCACCAAUCUAACAGAAGAUCAAUCCAGCCAAUUCACACCCCCCUCCUCCCCAUUAUUUUCACAACCACUGUUAGCAUCCCACACUAUUUCCCACAAAGAGGGGACAACCAAAGUUUCUUUAUGCUUUUAUUGUGAUUGCGUGGCCAGCAUCAAAGCCUGUGGAGACAACAACUUAUUGGAAGGUCCUUUUGGUUUUUUACAGUUGUCUUUUCCUGUUACUGAUAGGUGUAGAGGAUGCAUAGUAUGUGCUGCAAAUCACACUAUAUG